GCUAAUCUCGAGAGGUUCACAGUUUUAGUGUGAUAGUCGGAUCGAGGGAAUUUCGAGGUACGUACAUACUGCACAACUAAUGCAGUACCUUUUCUUAUUUCUCUUUUCAGAACUUAUGCCUUGAAGAUUAGUACUGAUUUAAUUUUGGUGAGCUGAACCCGCAGGAAAAAGGGGAAUUUUGGAGUUGCAGGAAAAGCCUAAACCAUCCCCAUCCCUGACACGUCAUAAAUUUUACUCAGUGAUUGAAAAACCAUCUGUUAGUUAAUCCUGGGUGUUUAAAUGACUAAUUUUGAUUUUCUCUUUGUCAAAAGAGAAAUAAAGACCGAAGAAAAAACUCACUGUGGAGUGAGCCACGAUUUUCUUGGUUUUUCGAGAUUUUCGCCGCCUUGAAAGAGGUACGUAAGAAGUUUAUCUUUGAUUGUCGCCAUUCCUCCUGUUAUGCAACCUGUUUGAAGUUUUCCUCAUUCGAUUUCAAAGCAUUGCGCCAGCAUCCAAAUUACACUCUGGACAAUCUCUCAUUUAGAAAAAAUUCUUUUUAAUUUUUCCAUUGAAAGACGAGGGGAGACUAUGGUUAAACAGACAGUGGCUAGAUCGCUGAUCGUUUGGGCGUUGUUGCUGUUAUUGCAUAACGCAAGCUCGAUUCAAGAAGGUAGGCUUCUUUUCACAGUUUAGAGCAAUUUUAAAGUAAUUAUGGAUGACAUUGGUUUUGCUUCUUUUGCUUUGUGAUUUACCAAGAUUUAUUUCAUACUUAAAACAGUCGCCAUCUGGUCACUCUCGUUUUCCUGCUUCAGUUAGUUUGCCUAUCUUUACUUUGAGCUCUCUGUUGAUCCCCUGAGGUAGUUCCUUUCUUGUGAUUUGUGGCUGCAACUUUUUGGUUUUGGUGUUAUGAGAUUUGAUCGAAAUACGCCCUAUUUAUCGUGUUUUUAAGAUGUAAAUGUGAUAUUUGAAUUUUCUCUUGGCUUUAAGUACUUUUGAAUCUCAGCUCGCGACUGAUAUUGCUAACAUUUUCAGGUGAGGCAAAGGAUAUCAGCCAUCAACUCACCCGCCCUGAACGAGUAGACGGUAGACGGGAGAAACAAGACCUCUCAACUUCGGAAAAGGUUGUUUUCGUUCAAUUUCACGUUAUUUUUUUUGGUUCUUUACUCGUACUUUGGAUGCUCUUUUGACUGUGAUGCAAGUGAUCCAUUCAGCGCACUAUUUAACAAAAAAUAUUAUGCAUUGACGUCUCUUUAUAGAGACAUUUUGAUGAAUAAUAAUUUCGUGUUACGUUGUUGUAGGGAGGUCACGUGGAUGAUGCCUCUUAUCGAUUGACUGCUUUUGACAAGGACUGGACCCUAGAUGUUAAACGAAACAAGUAUGUUUGCUGGCCAACUUCUGUUACAAUUUUUUUACUGAAUCAGACUCUUGAAAUAAGUGAGAAGGAGACGAAUAGUAAUUAAUUUUGUUAUUCUAUUUUCAUGCUACCAACAAGAUCUAUAGUUACAAGAUCGUUGAAAUCUACUUGCUUAUUUAUGUAUUUGUUCGCUGGUUGUUAUUUUCUUUUGUCCUUCACUUCAUUCUUUAUGUCAUAGUUUGGCUCGCUCAUUUUUCAUUUUACAUAAUAUUGUAUCUUUUUAUUUCUUUGUUUUCUCUUUUCAUUCACCUACAGUCCCAUUAUGUUCUUAUGUGUGGAUCUGAUUCAUGUAUAUUAAUAUAUCAACAUGUAUCAUUAUUUUGCUUCUCCUUUAGAGAACUAAUUCCUUCAUCAUUCGCCGUUCGCACGUUCGAAAAUGAUGGGUCAGAGGUCAUACAAGAGGUAGAUAUAAGUUAUAGAACAUAUUAGAAAACACAAGGUUGAUCAUGCAGUCGUGAACGUUUGCUUUCCAUGUGAAAAUCGUGUCAGAGGCUUUUUAUAGACGAAAGUUUUUUCUACAAAUAUAAAUACAAAAUGCAUUCCUCAUAAUAACACCAAGUAGCUGGGUUCUGCAUCUCUGUCUCCUUUGCUGGUUGAACAUCUGAAAAUAUCGAUGCUUACCAUCGCUCUAAUUUAUAAGGUAGCUAACAGCAAUUUAUGGUAUGCUAAAUAUCGAUAACAUCAAACUCUAUCUACAUUAGCAAAUGUGUUAAACUUAAAAUAGUGAUCCGUCAAUUUAAAGGUGAGUAUUUAGUUUUAUAUAAAAGACAUUAGCAAGCUUGAAAAAAAUACGAAUUUCUGAUAACGGGGUGGGGUGGGAGAGGAGUGAAGGCCAUCCAACAUUAUGUUCAUUGUAUGCAUUUCUCUCUCAGGAUGAUUACGAUCAUUGUCACUAUCAAGGCAUCAUACGUGGAAUGAAAGAUUCUCGCGUUGUCCUAAAUACCUGUAAGGGGUUGAGGUAAGGUUUCAUUGCUAAUGUGUAACUGUAUAAUGCAUUUCAAACAUGACAUCUCAACUAGAUAAAUUAGGUGCUAUUACUAGUCCAUGGGGUUUAUGAGAAGCGUGGAGAAUAUUCAUGACUUCUUAUCUUGAUUUGUUCCGUUUAUUGCAUACACCAGGGAGCUUUUCAGUUUUCUGUACCAAUCUCAAAUCGUUGAAAGGGAAACCCAAUGAAAUGCUGAAUUGCUUCCGUAUUGAUUGAAAAUUUCUUGAUAUGGAAAUAAGAAUUAUUGUUUUUUUUAGAGGCUUAAUUGAUGAUGGCCAUGAAACGUUUUAUGUUAUGCCUGAGAUUGGACAUGAGGCAAGUUUAACUGAAAUACAAAUCGUAACAUCAGUAGAAUUUAGAUGAACUGUACAAGAAUUCUCAUCCCUUCACCUUCCUAUACACAACAUUGUUAAAAUUCUCAUUGUUUGUAUUGUUUUUGGCUAAUGCUGAUUGCUAUUUUCACGCUAAAUCUCUGUGCUAGAUUUCUUUUUACCUCGUUUUAUUUAAAAUCGUUAUUGUAUCAAAUUUCAGGAAAAUGGAACUCACAGAGUCAGUAAAGCCGAAGAAGACGAGUCCCAAGAUAUCUCCCAUAAGUGUGGUAAAUCAAAAGUUUAAACUCUUUUGCGAAGACAUAACAUUCAAUCGGUGCGCCUUUUUUUGCUUCAAAACUUCUUUAAAAAGGUUUCAUUUGUUGUUGUUUGCUAUUUGAGGAAUUUACUGCCUCAGAGAAAUUCCCCAAAGAUACUGUACUUAUUUGUGAUGUCAUGUUUAUAGCGGUUGGUACGUUUGAUACUCACCAUUUUCUCCCUUUCUUCAGGAAACAAGGACAUCCAAGCAGACCCCCAUUCCUUAAACGAAACUUUUAGGCCAAUUGCGAGGGUAGGUGGUCACUAUUUAGACAAAGAAAUAUAUAAACAAAUAAAUGAUUAAAUGGCUAGAUAGGUAAAACGAAAGUUUGUAUAAUAUCUUAGGUGAGAAAAUAAAGUAAGCUUCUUGUCAGCGAAAUUCAGAAUAUACCAAAGAUUGUCAAAAUCAAUGACAAAUGUUGAAAAGUUAAAUUUUCAGUUCGGAAUCGGAAAGGGAAAGCUUAAGUUUAGCAGAUAGUUAUGAUCAAGGCACUAUGAACAGCGACAUGGCAAAAGACGUGAGGCGAUUUAGACAAAAAAAACGAAAGAAUUGAGGAAACAGAAGGAAGAAAGCUAUUAAAAUGCCACGAAAAAUAGAAUUUGCAUGUAUUUGUUCCUAGUUUGCAAAAUUUCAGAGAAAAAAACACGUAGAUUAGCGGAUAAUCAAGCAAUACUUUCUCAAUCUUACACUCUCUGACCUUAAUGACCAACACUACUCUGAUUAGCUAAAAAUAAACUUUUUUAUAGUAAGUAAAUAUAAUUUUAUAUCUUUAGAACUGAAAUUGAUAAUAAACUAAAAACUGUUCUUUGAGUAAGAGCAAAAAGUAAAAACAAUUUUUUAUCACUACUCUAAACAACCGUGUUGAUGAUCUUGGUUUAGAUCCAGGAGAGACGUAAGAUAUCAGGUCAUAUUGAUGAGUUCUACAAGAAAUAUCUGACGACUGAUGAGACGCGAUACACCGAAAUUUUCAUUUGUGUUGACAAUGAAAUGGUAAGUACUGUUUAUCACAACAGAUAAAUGCUUUGCUUCUUAGGCUGAUUAUCAGAUCAACUGCUCUUACCCUCACGUUUACCUUCAAUUUUACCUAGAUUUAGUUAUGAAGCCAAAAUUCCCUCACUCACACAUUCAAUACAGUCUAAACUUAGACGAUAAAUUUAUAGAUUAAAACUUGGAUCAACCACGUUAUCCCUGCCUACCCUACUAGGUUUCUGUCUCUCCUUGAGGGCGCAUUAUUUUCUUCUGUUGCUAUAUCUAGGGAAUAAGGCAAAGGAGGAAAUUUUGUUCUUCAGGUACACCUCAAAAUCUUCCAAUGACCAGGUUGACGUUAUUUGUUUCUUUGGGUUUUUUUUAACAUCCAAGGAAUAAUAGAGUUCGCGAUAACUAAAACUUGAAUUUCCCCACAAUGAUCAUGUUAUCUGCUUUCAACAGUACCAGAAAUUUAACAGGGAUAAAAAUGUCAUCAAAGAUCGAGUCAUAACAUUAGUAAACACUGUUGAUGCGGUAAGUUAUCUUUAGAGCUUUACUCUAGCUUUUCUUCUUUUAAACCACUUCUUUAUUCAUCUUUUAUCCGAAGGAAAAGAAAAAAAGGUGCUUAGCUUAGUCGGUCUAAAUCUGCGAAAAAUAAGUAAGUCAUUGGGCAAUUUUGUUUAGAAGUACUUGAACUUUACAGAAAAUACGUAUUUCGAAGGAAAACAUCAGAUUUUGGCUGGAAAUGUCUACGACGAUACGAAAACGAUGUACGUAAAGAAUAACCGUUGGCCUUGAAUACAAAGUUUCAAUUUUUUAAAAGUGUUUCACUGAACUUAAAAAGAAUCACAAUGUUUUCAAUGAUGAGAAUUAAAACAGCUAUUUGAUUUCUAUUUCCCAAGAUCGCUUUAGUAAUUCUCCUUACUGUGUGCUAUGCAAUUCUUAUGAUGUUAGUUCGGAGACUUUGGUAAUGAAUCAACGUAUAAUGCUCUGAUGGAUAUUUCUCUUUUUUCUCAUCACUUGUUUGCUUGAUGUUUGAUUGAUAUUGUAUUGAUGGUGUAAGGAGAAAUUUUGCCUUGGUCACUCUUAAAAGACAUGGUGCAUCAGAAUGUAAUGGUGACUCUGAAUGCCCUGUGUCAGAAUUUUCAAAAUUUUCCAGGAUGGGGGAUCAUGAUUUUUAACUCUUUCAACCAGUUGAAAUGGACUGUGCAAUUUGUGAAGUUUAACUGCAUUUAAAGCAGUUUGACCAUUUAAACUUCUUCAACCAUUUACGAUAGAUUGUGAAAUUUGUGAAGUUAAACUGUCCUCGCUUGCGGGUGACCAAGGUUCAGGAUGAAGUCGUACCAAAGUCGUACUUUUAUUUCUAGCUAGUUUUCUUAUCCGUUAUAUCUCGGGGGAGGGGGGGUACCUCCUGAACCCCUCCCCAGUUCCACCCUUUCCUUGUAUUGACUCUUUCAAUCGCAGAAAUGACUGAAAAAGGAAAUGUUCCCCACAUUAUCAAUGUAUUUUUCAAGCAAGAAAGGACAAUUUCCACUAUUAAUUGAUCUGACUUGAUUUUUCUGUCGAUAAGCACAUAGUCAUUACGCAAUUCUCCUUAUAGCUUAAUAAAGGAUGAAUUAAUUAUCUACCAACUAAAUAUCUUUUGAUUUUUUGUCUCUUGUAAAGAUCUAUCAGCGAAUCAACAUCAGGAUAGUUCUGAGGUACUUGGAAAUCUGGACAAACGGAGAUCCUUUCGGGCGAGUGCGAAAUUCAGCGACCGAAUUAAAAAAUUUCAUGGCCUAUCGAAAUAAACAUUUGGUGAAAAGGUUCCCUCAUGACAACGCUCUUUUACUAAGGUAAAUUUUUUCAAACAGUAGACAACAAAACUUCGUUUUUUGUCGUUGGCUGGUCUCGUGAAUUUUGUUUUAUACCUCAGUCGUUGAGGAAAAUAAGUUUUCCAGGUUUAUCUCGCUUCAUUUUUUUUCCAGUCACAAAAGUUGGCCCCCGAAUAUUGUUGGUCUAGCAUGGGUCAAUACGAUGUGUGGCGGAUAUUCAAACUCUAUAAACGCCGUAAGUUAUGCGAAGAAAUAUGAAUUGCAUUGUUUUUGCCUUACUAUGUCCUGAGAUCCUUUAGAAUACAUUCGCCAAUCUCAACCAAUCAGAGGCAAAAGAAGCACCAGUCAAGACUUGAUCGCCGACGUUUUCCCGCGCUCUAGACAAAUUAUUUGUUUUGACUUUGCUUUCCCAUUGGUUCAUGUGAUCUUUCCCAUUUUUAUGAUUGGCUGUCGUUAUUACCAUAUGUUUGGAUUUACGGCACUCAAUCGAAAUACUCCCUAAAGUAGCGCGGGCUUUGGCUUUUUAUCAGCCGAAAUGACGGUGGUUGGGGCAUGCUCAAACCUAGUAUAAAGAGAUUUCUUACCCCCAUAGAAUCUAAAGGUCAAAUAUAGUUAAUGGUAAAUAUACCUCACAGGAGUUAUAACAUCCAAAACUAAACCAGGGAGGAAAAACGGUCGUUGCAUCAUUUUUUUUUUCGUAGUGGUAUUAUGAAAGUAGUGUUGGUCCUCAUGCAACUGUUGCUCAUGAAUUGGGUCACAACUUUGGGUUCAAUCACGACUCAGGUAAGAAUAGUGAGACUUUUCAACACAAAUUCAUGUUUUCUCGAUUAUUUUGGCAAAUUAAAGCUUUUUCUAAUCGCAAAUAAUUGUAGAAAUGAUCUUGGCUCAGAGUUACGUUAGAAAAUAACUAUGACAACAUGAAAAUGCACACGAUACCUACAGGGUCUAAUGUCUGAAAGAGGAGGCAGAAAUAUAACUUUUAAAUUUUGACUUAAAUCUGUUUGUGUUUUACACAAAUCUAAUCAAACCGUUAAGAUAUAGAUUCACGCAAUGUCCAAAAAGAAAUUUUGACUCAGUAGUGUUUUUUUAGCUAUUUUACAGUUCUUAGCUUCUAAUUUUGUUAAAUCGUUCAUCUUACCAGUUAUUGUUUUAUUUUUUCUCAUUUACACAACCUUUCGUUUAAAUACAGGGACCUGCAAGUGCUUAUCUUCACGAGGCUGUUUCAUGGGAGGUAGCACGUAAGUUAUUCCCAAAAACAUCUGGCAAUGAGAUACACUUACAUUACUCGGUGUGACCGAUUGGUUAGGGUGCUAGACUUGAAAUCUGGUGAUCCCAGGUUCAAGUUGUCCACCCCACCAUUUACUGGAUUUGUUCUCGGUCGCCACGAGGUCAACUCCUCAGCUGCGCUGUGUACAUAGCCAAUUGGUCUGCCUCCUGCCAGUUAAGAUUUUCAAGCACUUCAUGUUUAUUUCAGUCACUGUAAAGUACUGUCAUUGGAUGACGAUAGAAUUAGUGCUCUACAUAAAGUGUGUUAUUAUUAUUACUCAGUUUCACCUUAAUAAUACCGUCAAUUUUUACUGUAUUGUCAAAGUAUUCGAUGAAAAUGAAGGUAAACCACUCUUCCUUACACGGAGUUCUAGUGUUGAGUUAUUCAACAAAACAUCAUUAGGAAACUCAGUCAGUAAAAUACUAUUGAAUACAAAUAAAAUCAUAUCAAAAAACUAGACUAAAGCAGAGGAAGAAUUAAUAUGUAAGACGAAAUGCAUCGCAGUUGCAUUUUUUUCUGGAGUAGGUGAUGUGUACAUAUCUGCUCUAUUUCCAUUAAUGAAAUCUGAAGAGAAUUUUUCCAAUAUUGAUUUCAGGUCUAGACUUCCAGGAUUUUCGGAUUGCAGCCUUAAAUCGCUUCAAAAGGUCAAUGACGCAUGCUUGUACAACGUACCAACUUACAAGGUAACCAUAACAAACCAGAGAAAGGGGAGGGGGGAUAUUUUGGAUGAUAAUUUAUACUAAAAUUAUCGGCCUUUUAAGGAGUUCCUUGUUUAAAAGGGUUACCUUUCAAGAACUUUGUAAAACGGUCCUGGAACUUAACAAAGUAAACCGGAAACUUCCUGGAAUAGUGAUGUAAACUUUAUUAAGGAACAGCCUUAAAAAUUUCGACAAAAUGAAAAUAUCUCCUAUGUAACGGAGUCCUUUCAUUCAACGAACUCAUUUUCCAAUCAAAAUUUGGAUAGCGUUUGGAUGAUGCCUUUGGACUUAAAUGUAGAAAAUUUGGAUGCAAUUGUCACAAACAUAGGUAUGGCAAAUAAAUAUCUCAUUUUUGAUCAUCACUUUAGUUUCGAUUUCGGUUAAAAUAUGCACUUCAGUAGCAAGAAGAGCACCUUCAGAAUGUUGGUUCGUUUUAUUUUCCUUUAGGCCUACAACAGUUAUUGUGGAAAUGGCAUACGUGAGAAAGGAGAGGAGUGCGACUGCGGUACCCCUGAGGUUCGUUAGGUUACAUGAAUGGCAAAUAAUAAAACUAAAUAAAUUUCUCAUAAAUAUUUUAAUAGAUUUCAAGCGGAAAGGUGAUGAGAAGAGAGAAAAACAUCAACCAGGGGAAAUUACCUGAUUUAAUACCAAAUUCCCCGGAAUAAUGAAAACGGUGAUGAUCUGAAAAUAUUCCUUUUUUGAGAGUUCAGGUUUUAAAAUUUUGUUAUAAAAGGAUUUGAGAUAAAUUACUUUCUAUUUGUUCAAAUUGCUUUAGCGCGGGAUUUAUUGUGAUGUCUUUGUAAAGACUUAUGUCGCUGUAAGGAGAUGUUAACCUUUUAACUCCCAUGGGCAACCAGCAAAGAAUUUCUCCUUACAAAAUCAAGCAGACAAGUGAUGAGAGUAAAGGAAAAUGUUAACUAAGGGAUUUUUAGUUAAUCCAAUAUCAAAUUCUCUAAACUAACUCACAAGAACUAUAUGGCAGACAGUAAGGAGAAUUACUAAUGAGAUCUUGCGAGUUAAAGGGUUAAGUUGUUUAACAUUUACAAUAGCUGACUUCUUUCAUGACGUGACAACGUUCAUUCUUCGGACAUGAUCAGGAAUGAUGAAAAUGGUUUUUAAUCUCCUCAGAUGUGCCAGGCCAAAGAUCCUUGCUGUGAACCUCACAACUGUGUCCUUAAAAAGGAAUCACAGUGCAGUGACUUACAUCAUACAUGCUGCAAGAACUGUCUGGUAACAAAAUAAUCAACAAUCCCUUGAAAAUUACGGGCUCAUGAAACUGAGAAGUGUUGAGUUAGAGACUGGAUAAAGUUUAAGAAAAGAUUAUAGAAAUUCAACUGACAACAGCUGCUGUGAGAAAGUGCACUUUUAAGCAGGAUAUUAGUCUGGAUUUUAUAUUCAUCUUUUUCUGGUAUUCCCUCAAUUGCAGCUCACCUACGGGGGGCUUUCUUUACUUGAUUAUCAUCCAUAAGUCAAAAUAUUUUGUACUUCUUUUGAUUAUGAAUGAAAAAUAUGAUCACGCUGGUGCACCUAUACGGUUACGCAGCAAACGUACUUUCUAUUUUUAGGGUAUAUUUGCAGAAGAAAACAAAAAAAAGACAUCAUAGGAAGAAAUAACGUUAUUUCAGUUAUCUACAAGAUCAAUUUUCUCGCGAGAAAUGCGUGGUAUAGGAUCCAAAAUAAUUAUAACAGAUACAUCAAAGUGUUUCAUCCUUGAAACUUAUGGUUCUUGGUGCUUUACGCGAUCUAAUGGCGUAUUCUGAUUCUUGUUUAGUUUAAGAAACGAGGAACAUUAUGUCGUGGAGUCCAAACUGAUUGUGAUGUUCCAGAAUAUUGCACUGGUUCUUCAAGAGAUGUAAGCAAAUAGAGAAUUUGACUCAGAAAUUAUUGUGUAAUUAAAACCACCGAUUAGUAGCAAUCAAGUGUGUGGUUGUAAAAAUAUGUUAUUGCACUUUGUUAUGUACAAAAUAAAACGAACACACGGCGCCAGAAAUUGUCAAAAUGUUAGCUGCAAAAUUUAUGUGCAUAACUUUAUCAAUUCACUGCCAAAGUUACCACUAGCCGUGUGUAUGAAUUUUUUAAAUCACAAUACUUGUACACCAGUGUAGGGGUCAGUGUCUUAGUGAAUAACUCAUGUCUAACAUAGUUUGGGUUUUAAUAUUGAUAAAAGAAUUUUUACUUUAGAUUAUUUUGAGAGCAAACCCCAAUGUCUUCAUUGCUAAGCUUAAGAAGCUUGACAGUUGAUCACUCUUACUCUUUCAGUGUCCUGAGGAUACUUAUAUCAUUAAUGGAUAUCCAUGCAGCCAGGCGAAAACCGUACGUUUCUCAUGAUCAGAAAGAUAGCAUGUUGCAUUGUUCAAAACGUUUUUCACUUUUACGGAAGUGCCACUAAGUUCUUUCUUUAAAUAUUACGAAUUUACCACUAAUGCGCCUAACUAGGCGACCAGCACUCAUUUCAAAAGAAGAAUACUACCAUCUACUUGUCAUAUACCUUUCAUUUUGUUUUAAUCUCGUCGGUCUUCGAUGUGAUUCCUUUCUUCUGUGAUUUUUCUUCUCCUUUGCUUAUUUCCACGAGAAUGGUUUGGACAAAAACUGAAUAAUUCAAAACAGAUUUGCUUUUUCUUCUCUUUGUUGUUUUUCUUUUAAAUCCGUUUACAUCUAACUCGCUUAACUAAAAGCCUGUGAGCAACGCUGAGUCUGUGUAUUCCUGUUUGCAAUAUGGGUUGUGAAGAUAAAUUUUGCCACCUACGAGUUACAUUUUAUUUCUUUGCAGAAAGUCCUUGUGUUAAUCAUUGAUUUUGUUUUUCUGAAAUUACUUGAAGGUUAUACAUGGAAACACUAACCUCAACGGUGUGGUCGUAAGGGACUUGAACCCUAUGGUCAACGCUCGAUAUCUUCGUAUCAAUCCUCAAUACUGGCAUGGCUGGCCCUGUCUAAGAACCGACUUCAUGGGAUGUUCUGCGCAUGAAGGUAAUGGUAUGCUACAAUGCUACUCAACGUUGUUGAGUAUAUCCAGACACUUGUGGUUAUUGUGUCAUGACAUAUUCUGUAAACAAUGAAGAUUAACAGAGCAAUGUCUUGAAAUAGGAAGACCGAAGAUAGCGCAAACAUGGGUCCGGAAGUCAAAUAACCAUUCUAUUCUAACAUGUUUCUUUACGUUCGUUUUUACAGCAAAUCCAACUGCCCCUACACCCUUGAAGUCAUACAUCUUUGACUUUUGUCUGACUCCAUCAAGCAAGAGUUGUUCCCCACGUGACAACGACCCCAUCAUAUUUGUAACCGGUAGCAGGUGCUCAGAGAGACAUUUUCAAUUCAUUUUCAAAGACGGAUUGUUACGCCACGCCUGCAGUGGGAAAUUGGUCUGUCCCGAAAAUGGUGGGACACAUAAUGGUGCAAAGAUUGUUGUCAGCAGGACUUGUAAAGUUGCAGACUCGAAAUUAGUGCGAACUGUAGGUAAGUCCAAAGAAAUGCAUAUACAGGAAUUUCAAUUAAUUGCAUUUUUUUUUCUGAUGGCUAGUUGUUUUGUUUGUUUGUGUACUUGAUAGGGCGAUCUUUAAAGCACGUCAAAUCUGGCAGAUGUAUUCAUACUUCUGGAGCCUGGCCAGGAAACGGAAGACAGAUGGUACUAUGGUCUGGAUGCAAAGAGCAAAGGCUACAACUGUGGUUCGGGAAACAAGGUACACUUUUUUGCAGUACAUCACACCUUUUAAGUAAUAAUAAUAAUAAUAUACAGUAUUUAUAGAGCGCUAAUUCCCAAUGGUCCAAAAGCGCUUUACAUAAUAAAAAUAACAAAAUCCUAAACCUACAAAACUACAUUGUCAUUCUAUAAAAAUUCCCAAUGGUCCAAAAGCGCUUUACAUAAUAAAAAUAAGAACAAAAUCCUAAACCUACAAAACUACAAAACUACAUUGUCAUCCUAUAAAAACAUCAUCAUUCUAUACAUCAUCAUUCUAUACAACAUCAUAACCAAUUUUAAAAAGCCACGUCUUGAGCUUAGAUUUAAAAGAAGAAAGGGAAUUACAAGAUCUAAGUUCGAAUGGAAGUGCAUUCCAAACAGAAGGUGCGGCAAUAGUAAAAGACCGGCUACCAUAAGUUUUAAGAUUAAAUUUAGAUGUAGAAAGUAAAAAUUGAUUGGAGGAUCUAAGAAGUCUACCAGGUGUAUAAGGCUUGAUGAGAUCAGUAAUAUAGCUAGGUGCAGCACCAUGAAGCGCCUUAAAUGUAAUUACUGCAAUUUUGAAAGUUAUUCUUUGUUCAAUUGGUAGCCAAUGAAGUUGAAUAAGCAACGGCGUAAUAUGCUCAUAUCCACUAGUAAGGUGAAUAAGCCUAGCAGCACUAUUUAGGACACUCUGUAAACGUUUCAAGAUACAUUUAGGCUGACCGUAGAGCAGUGAGUUACAAUAGUCAAUCCUUGCAGUAACAAAGGCAUGAAUUAGAGUUUUACAUGUAUCGUAAGAAAGAAACUUGCGAAUCUUAAAAAUAUUGCGUAAAUGAAAAAACGAAGACUUGCAAACAGCAGUAAAGUGCGGCAACAUCGAUAGAGAGUUAUUAAAAAUAACUCCAAUAUUUCUAGCAGUAGUUGAACAGUCAACAGUGUCAGAGGCAAUCACCAGGUUUGUUAACGCAGGACGUGGGCGAUAGGAGGAUGAAAAAAAAAAGAAAAAAAGUAUAAGUAUAAGUUGCAGGAAAAGCGGUGGCCACGUGGUUAACGCGACGGUCUAUAGAGAAAAGGUCCUCUUUCAAACCCUGGUUGAGCCAUCUUUAGCUAUGUGGGAGAGACACUGGCCCCUUUUGGCGCCUUAUAUCCUAUCCAUAGCAUCCAAUUUUUUCAAGAACCUAAAUUCGAGUUAAGAAAAUUGGUAUAUACUUUUCUUUCAGCACAGUACAUAGUAAUAAAUCAUAUACUUAUAGAUUGUGUGGAGCCACUUGGAAUGCAGAACGGUGAAAUAAAAGACCGCCAGAUUACAGCUUCCUCAGUGAGAGGUCAGGAACUCGCUUAUUAUGCAAGGCUCAGAGGAAAAAAAUACUGGUGUGCCAAAGCCAAAAGCAAAACCGAAUAUCUACAAGUUGACCUGGGAAACGUACGUUUUGAUAGUAGAUAAGAAUAGUCAGAUAGUUUGAGAACAAUGCAAAAACAGAAUAUAAGGAAAGAUAUUGAGAAGUUUACUCAGCACAAGCGCCUAAGUAAAUUAAAUUAUUACCCUUUACAAUAUCGUAAGGAAACUCGUGAUUUAGUUCUUGCGUAAACGUUUUGAGGAUAUGUAUACAAUUUAGUUUAUUUUGGACUUUGUAUCGUUUCGAUCUUGCAACAAGCCUUUGAGAAAUGUUGAUUAUUGAAUACUUGUUGUCCUUUAAUCGAAAAGAAACUUCUAAGAAUACAUUUUUCAUUCGAGUUUGUCGCUCAAGGAAUAAACUACCUCUUAACAUUAACUAGAGAGUCUGACACUGUCAGUUUUUGGCAAGAAGUUGGUUGAUUAUUUUUACGAUAAGUUCAGCGCUAACUUUUUAUCGCAAUUAUCUUUUUUUUGUUAUGAAUUUAAAGUAUUUUUUGAAAGUAGUUUUUCAUUCGAAUUUUUUUAUCGAGGUAAAUAAUUAACUAUAAGAAUCUUUGAUAUUCUAAAGCGGCUUAUAUUAUGGAAUCCUGCAUUCUGUUUUAAGCUGUCCUCGAAUUCACUAGACUGACUUGUGCAUUACAAUGUAAUUUGGAAUUUGUACUAAAGAUUAAAGAAUCCAUAGUCUUUUCUAUAUUGCUUUUUCGUCCUUUUAUAAUUUUAGGUUAAAACUGUCAGUAAAAUCUUGAUGCAAGGACGUGGAAACUGGUACGACUGGGUGACCGGCUUCUUCUUACACUACAGUUCUGAUGGCCAGCGGUGGAAAACGUACUCUGCGAGUGGUGACGAAAAACAGUCCGAUGUAAGCUAAGGAUAUUGUAAACAUUCACAGUCAGUUGUUUACCUACUUCUAAAAACCGUUCUCGUUUUCUUUCCUAUCUCAGUCCUUCUGUUAUCUUGGAAAGUGCAGCGAAACUCUUGACACUCAGUGUAAGGACUUAUGGGGAGCUAGUAAGUAAAUGUGCCCAUUUCUUUUUUUCCUUUUAUGUCACCUAGCGUUUUGAUACAAACACUAACUACCUUUACUUCAAUUUAUCAAAUAUUAUUUAAGUAUUUGUAUGUUAUCUACAAUCUGUAUGCCAAUUCAAUGUUUUUUUUCCUAAACAGAGGUGUCUUUCUUCAAGGUACAUUGAUUAUUUCGAACAUAAUGUUUUUUUAGACGACAUUACGAGUACACCCGACAGGAGCUGGACCUAAAACCCUCAAAUGAGAAAAUUUGUAUGCUAAAAGCCUCUCGGCUCAAUUAAAGUUAAUUGACGUCUUUCUGCGCUCCGACGAAGGGCUAACGCUCGAAACGUCAGCUUUUGAACUCUAUACCUGUGGCCAAUUUACAGUAUCAGCCCUAUUGAUAAAACAAAAUUACCUUGUUUUACCCCCUAACGACGCAGCGUCACAGUUUCUUCAAAAACCCCCUUUACUCAUUUGACACUAACUCGACCUUUUGCAGCCGCCAAAAACGCUGACCAUGGAUGCUAUGACAAGCUGAACACUGAGGCUACAGGAUAUGGUACAUGUGAUCCAAACGCCAAAAAGAAAUGUGCUUCAAGGUACAUUAUUUUCUUUUUAGUGAGCCGAGUACCAUUCGUAAGAAAAUUAAUCAGCUUAUCAAGUGUACUUUACAAACUAUAAAAAGAACGCUCGAUAAACAGCCUAAUGAAGAUGAGAAAACUCUUAGUUUUACAUGCUAAAGCAUCUCAAGGUUUUAUUAAAAAAAGCGAUUUCGUUUCGUGAGCAGAAAAAAAAACACUUGUGGUACAUUUAGUGAACAAGUGAAACAAUUUAAGUCAUAAGAAAAUGUCUGAUUUAACCAUCAACAAGAUUCUUCAAACUCGACCUAUGUCAAAUUUGAUUUAAAGUCCUUUCAACUAGUAAAUCGAAUUUCUUACGUUCUGUGUAAGGAGGCGUAUUACGUUCUAAGCUUGGCAGCAACUAAUUGAUAUAUUUUCUCUAAGCGAUGUUUUAUGCGGCCAGCUGCAAUGUGAAGCGGACGAAAGCAGGAAAAAACCAGUUGUUGACUAUGGACGGGCUAGAGACAAAAAGAUAAUUUUGUCCUCCGGGAAAAAAUGCAAGUUAGUAUUACUUUCUUUUUGUUCCUCUGAGAAAAAGGGGUCAACAUAUAAAAUGCCUAUCGUAAGCUAGAUAAUAAGGACGAGUUUCAAAACGCGAGACUCGUGGUUUUUUACCUUGUCUUUGCAAUUUGAUCAUUAGGAAUUUCUUUUUUUGAUUAAAUCCACAUUUAAACUUUCAUUAGAUGCCUUUUGUUCAAUUCCCUUACCUAUCUUUGGAAACGAAACCAUUAAAACUAAAAUUGGAAAAAAAACUGUUUUAAUCACUUUUAAAUCAUAUUUUCAAUAAAUGCAAAAACAUGUAGUCAAACGCGGUUUUGCUUCUUACAGCGCUGUAGAACUGAAAAGUGGUGACAGUAUUGGACUGGGAAUGGUAAGAGAAGGAACGAAAUGUGGACCUAAUAAGGUACGAUGCCAUUUCCCUUGCUUAAGACCCUUUCUGGAUUCAUCCGGUCAUGCAGGCUAUUAAUUAAUAUCCAAACACAAUCUCAAACACUUAGAACGUUCCUGUUUCAUAAAUACAAAGGCGUUUUGGAAAAAAGCCCCUACCUCUAUCAUACUCCGUGUUUGCCCCGCUACAUCUCACAUUAGGAAACAUUUUUCUAUACAAUCAAUUCAUCGUAAGAAUAGUAUGGAAGAACAUCAACCAUUAGGUUACAAGAGUUCUGGUUAGAAGAGGUCCAUGUUAAAAAAAUUGCUUUGAACAUGAAGAAUAUAAUUUGAGAAAAAUAAGUACUGGGUUAAUACUUCGUGAAGAGUGCUUUCGGUGUCCUUUUAAGAACAAAUGCGAGUCUGUUCCCUCAUGUCCAUCCAACCUCCGCAUGAUUCCACCUUUCUACAAUACGCCCUGUGUCGAUAUAAAUACAUUGAGAACCCUCUUUCCGAGUUAACAUGUUUACCUUGGUACCAAAGUUUACUCCUGUUUAUGUCUGUUUAAGAUGUGUAUCAAUAACAAGUGCCAGUCACUCAAUUCUCUCAAUCUGGUUGGCAAGUGUCCAGUGGUCGGCAACAAAGAAUGUGCAGGAAGAGGGGUAAGUAAUUCUUAAUGUUGAGUUCGUGAGAAGCAUAAAAAGGAACUAAUAUUUCCAGGUUUUUGCCGGGAAAUUUCACGCAGUUAAAGUUUUACACCAUCGUGCAAGCGAAAUCCGUUUUUUCCCAGUUAACUGUCUCUAAUUUGCAAGGAAUGAACAGCUGUCAGAAGAAAACAAUAAUCAUGCGGAUUCUCAAUGAACUGGUAUUGUUAUUGACUCGGUAUUAUUCGCAGAAAUUUUUCUGUCUCUGACUUGAUAACUUUUUUAAUAAGAGCUUGCGUGUGACUUGAAUCAAGAAAACUCACUGAAGUCAUAAAGAAUAUUCUCACUCAAAUUUUGAUCAUGACAUAAUGUUUCCAGGUCUGCACUAAUAAAAAGAUUUGCCACUGCCAAGGAGGAUUUGAUCCCAAAAACGGUUGCAAGUCAGGUGAGAACCGAAGGUUUUUUCUCUGAUAUUCAGAUUUUCUUUUCUCAAUGAGAGAUAUCUGCUGAUAUCUCUUGCGCUUCGAACUUCCUUGUGCAGAACUGACUCCACGUGACGGAGCCUGGGGUGAGUGGUCCCCCGGUUUUAUUUAUAUGACCCAGAUCUCAGAUAGGGUGUAAAGCAGAUGGAAGAAAAGCAAUUUGACAUUUUAAAUCAUAUCAAUAUUCAAAUGAGCAAGUGAAACUACAGAGAAAGACGCGACGCUUCCAAACAUGAUUUUCAUCAAGCGUCGCCAUCCCCAAAAUCCGACCGAGCGGAUUGUUAUCUCUAAAAGGCCAGUUUUCACCUAUUAUAGAGUCGGGAUUCUUAUAUAUUGGAAUCUUUGAAUUCAAUUUGUUACCAUUUGCGUGCAGCCACUAAAAUUUGGUAGACUGUCCAUGUGCGAAAAACUCAUCAAACCGAUAGAGCCAAGAUUCUCCAAAAAAAAAGUUAUGAUUUAGUGCUGUAUUUGGCAAAACAAACAAACCCAGUCUGAUUAUUCAGAAGACUACACUUAAACUGAAUUCUCUAUAAAAUCAAAGCUGUAAGGUAAUGGCAACAACAAAUUGCAAGUAUUGGGCAUCGAAUGGUCAUUGCAAAAAGUCUGCUCCCUACAUGUCUAAGAACUGCCAUAAGAGUUGCAACCUUUGUCAAGGUAUUAUGACCACUCAAUAAAAACUUUAAAAUAGAGGAACCAAAAGUUGAAACAUUCUGAUAAUGUCUGAUUGCUGUAAUAUUUGAUUGUGAUAUGACAUAUGGUACAGUAGCUAUAAUUUUAUGGGCCCAACCCACAACCCCGAGUUGAUUACCUCCGGAAACGCUCCGUCUGUCAAACCUGUCUCUUAUUAAUAACACAAAACUUUGAAAGUGUUACAAUAACUGAAGCAGAGUUGUAUUUAUUUGGCCGAUGAAAAGCGAGAGAAGGAAAUUCACGUUAUUUUCUAUAGAAUAUCUCUACAGGCUGCCUCUUGUUCGAAAAAUAUGAGAAGGCUAAAUAAAUAACUAAAUUACUUUUUUUUCCAUCAUUAAAUGGUCUUUCUUCUUGUUAAAACAGAGGAAGGAGGAAAACAAGGGGGAGGCGAAGAAGAAGGUAAAUCAGGUUUGGUUUUAAUUACAAUUUCUUUCUUUUGGCUAAAUUUUGACUUUUAUCGUAUACCUCACAAAUAACCAAUUUCUUUUAGUUAUCAGUUUCCUGUUUGAUCGAUAUUUUCUGUGUAAUUUUGUUUUGUAGACUAUAAACCAACCUAUGGUAGAAAGCUAAAUAAAUAAGUUAAUUUUUUGACUGUUAAUUGUCUUUCUUCCUGUUAAAACAGAGGAAGGAGGAAAAGGAGAGGGAGGCGAAGAAGAAGGAAGUUCAGGUUUUGUUUUGUUUAUAAUUUCUUUUUUAUUGUUUAAUUGACUUCUAUCGUAUGCCUCACAAAAAGUUAAGUUAAUAAUAAUCCAGCCUCUGGAUUAGGUCUGCUUAAGUCUGCUCACUACAUGUCUAAGAACUGCCGCAAGAAUUGUAACCUUUGUCAAGGUAUUAUAACCACUCAAUGAAAACUCUACAAUAGAAUAAACAAAAGUUUAACAAUUUUGAUUAUGUUUGAUUGCAGUAAAACUUUAUUGUGAUAUGAGAUAUGGUACAAUAACUAUGACUUGACGAGUGUAACUAACAUCAAACUAACAUUACUAGAAUACUAAAGCAGACAGUAUGGAGAACUACAAAUGAGAUCUUGAAAGUGACGGGGUACAAGUGAAACUAUUUUCUCCCUUGGAAACAGGUGAAGAGGAAUACGAAUACUCAGGAGGAGGAGAAUUUGAAGAUGAGGAAGACGAUACAAACGAAAAAGACAAUGAGAAAGAAGAAGAAUAUGAAGAGGAAGAAAAAGGCGAAAAACGAGAGGAAAAAGAUCUCGAAGAAGACUUAGAAAUGUCCUUUGCUAAAAAGUAAACAUUUCUGCUUUAUCAUUAAUUUAACUGAUAAGCAUCAACGUUUGAACUCUUCUCGUUGGAAAUUUUUAUUCAAGAAGCUAAUCAACUGAUGUUUAGAACAAGCUUUAGUCAUUUAUCCAAUAUUUUGUUAGAAUUUAUUGUUGUAUCGUGUAAUCAUGACUUUUUUUUGUGAUGUAAUCUGCUCUGCUUCAGUAGCCAAGGCUGUAGUGCAAAGCUUUAAACAUUUUUGGGGUUAUAUCUUUACUAGUAUUCAGGGCUAUAUCUUGACUGUAAUCUUGCUGUGGAGUUGGAAAUUUUUAUGCAAAGAGCUAAUCAACUGAUGUUUUAGAACAAGCUUUAGUCUUAUUUAUCCAAUGGUAUGUUAGAAUUUAUUGUUGUAUCGUGUAAUCAUGACUUUUUUUUAAUUACGAUGUAAUCUGCUCCGCUUCAGUAGCCAAGGCUGUAGUGCAAAGCUUUAAACAAUUUUGGGGUUAUAUCUUUACUAGAAUUCAGGGUUACAUCUUGACUAUAAUCUAAGUAUAGUCUCGGUAAUAAAACCUAUAUUCGACAAUAUUUCUACGUAAGUUGUUCCCCCGAGGAUUUUCAAUAAUUGGAAAAUAUCCCGUCCGAAGCUCGACCUGCAAGCGUUCCUCAGGAAAAGGCCUGAUUUUCUCAAAGGAAAAGGUGACUUGAUUUGCAGCUGUUGUAGAAGAAACAGAGCGAGGAUUACAACAUCUGUUCAAACCUGGAACCCAUUCAUUCUCCUCUG